AUGCGCAUGUUCAAUUUGAAUUCCAGACGGAUGCGACUAUUACUGCGACAACAGCAACAACAGCAGAAAUGGCGGACACUGCCGGCUUCAUUUCGUGCAUGUUCGUCUCUUUCCGAAAGGCUACACCGAGAUUUGACAUCACGACAGCUCCCCUUGACUUUUGACUAUCUACAUCCCCAGCCGUCAUACCUCCUGAGCUUAACUCUGGCCGAACUCCUUCCCACGCUAACCCCAGCGCCAAAUGAGCUUCCUUCCGCACACAGCAGAUCUCCCGUGCCAGCAGGCCACCACCUAGUCUACUUCCCUCCCCAGGUCACAUUGCCGCAGAUCCUUCCAGACGGUACGGACACCUUACAUGCCCCAGGGAGUCCCUUUGAUAGGCGCUUGUGGGCUGGUGGGAGUGUCAGGUUCUCCACCCCGAAAGGCCUGGUUCUAAAUGGCAGCCGAGCCGUUUGUAUCGAAACUAUUCGUGACGUGGUAACAAAGGGCCGGCCAGGCGAAGAAAAGGUUAUGGUCAGGAUUGAAAGGCGGAUCGGCACAGUUCAAGAGGGCGAAGACCAUCGCGAUAUAAAAGAGCGGAUAUGGAAGGAAACCGAGGAAGACGUUGGCGAUGCUUGUGUCAUUGAGACCAGGAAUCUAUUGUUUAUGCGCAAGAAAACUCCCGAGCAACUAAGUCAUGACAAGGCUGGUUUUGACACGGAAAAUAGGGCUAUAAAAUGUGCGAGCUACCUCGAAGAUUACCAGUCACUACUCAUACCUAACAAAACCCUGCUGUUCCGCUUCUCGGCUCUUACUUUCAACGCUCAUUCUAUACAUCUCGACAAGGCCUACACACAAGACGUUGAAGGCUACCGCAACCUUCUUGUACAUGGUCCGUUGACUUUGACGUUGCUUCUUACUGCUCUGCAGGGCCAUCUGAGUAAGUUACAAUUGACUGUCACACACAUUGAGUAUAGGAACAUAGCUCCUCUAUAUGUUGAUGAGGAGUUAGCAGUAUGCGGCAAACCCAAAUCGGGAAAGGGCUACACAACCUGGGAUGUUUGGAUUGAGGGUAAGGACGGACGACUUGCCGUCCGAGGUACCGCUUUCACUCGCCCUCUGUAG